AUGAACCCUGAGCUGCUGCCUUGUGUUGAGGGAAGGCCAAGCGCACGCCAACGGCAGCGGCCCGUUACCGUAAUGUCGGUCAUAGAGUGCGAGCCAUUGGAAGCAUCUUCGCUCCCUGACGUGCCCCUAGUCCCUCCUCCUCCUCCUCCUCCUCCUCCUCUCGCUCCUGCUCCUGCUCCUGCAGGCUUCGUGUCUGGGACCAUGGCGCUGCGCUCGGACCACUCCACUGUAUACGUGGCGUUUCAUUUUCUCAUCCUGGCGUCUAUUAACGUCGCCUCGGUGGCUCCGGAUGGAGGCAGCUCCGCCGCCGUGUCCCUCUUGCAGCCCUAUGACUUUUUGUAUUACAGCGGGGUGCGUGCGUACUUUGGUGAGGAGUGGGGGAAGGCUGCGGAGCUGCUGGAGAAAUCCCUCCUGACCAAGGAAGCGCUGCUCAGAGUGCGCCGGCGGUGUCACGAUGAGUGCGAGGCAGCGGGGAGAGAAGCGCUCGGCAAACUGGAUUCUGAAGAGGGGAGUCUGUGGGAUCUGUGGGCCUUGGACUGGGUGCAGCAGAGGGCUGAGUGUUUGAGGUUCUGCGUGGGACAGUCCGUCACGCCGGUGGCCCAGCUCCCAGUUUCCAGCGACAUAGAGUUCGAAUUCAGCUCUCGCAACCCCUACAACUUCCUACAGGUCACAUACUACAAGCUGGAGAAGCUGCAGAGGGCGGCGGCGGCGGCUCACACCUACUUCGUGGCCAACCCCAACCACCUGGAGAUGAGGAACAACAUCGAGAAGUACAGGCGGAUGAAAGGAGUGAGCGAGGACGCCUUCCAGGACAGAGAGCUGGCGAGCGAGAGGCACUGGGCCCUGUACGACGCCGCGCUGCAGGCCGAGGCCCUGUCCGACUGGGCCCAGGCGGCGGAGCAGUGGGGGGCGUGCGUGAGCGAGACCCUGCGGCAGACGGACGAGUGCCGGGUGCAGUGCGAGGUGGCGUCCCGGCCGCUGCCCGAGGACAGGGGCGUGGACGGCGUGGACGGGGCGUACGAGAAAGCAGCAGCCCUCACCCUGAGCCUGCUCGCGUGCCGCCAGGCCUGCGUGACCCAAGUAUCCACGAGGCCCGGGCGCAUUUCUGCUCAAGAGGACUGCCUGCCCACGCAGCUGGAACAUCUGCACAUAGCGCAGUUUAAAGCUGGGGACGUUAGUGGAGCUCUACAGACUCUGCACUCCCUCCUGCUUUUUUACCCCACGGACAAGGAUUCCUUGGACAACCUGCAGCUCUACUAUGAGACACUAGGAGGAGACACAGAGCCACAAGUCACGCCGCCUGCUCCGGAGAUUUCUAGAUACGUCAGCCGCUCCCUGCAGGAGAAAAAGCUUCUCUAUUUCGGCGUGGAGAACUUUGAUUUCAGCUUCAGCGACCCAGAUCUCUGGACCCCAGAGGACGUCGUACCCGACUCACUGAGGGCGACGUGGAGGGCUGAGAAAGAGAAAAUGCUUGAAAAGAUGAAGGUGGGAGAGGAGCAGGAGGAAGUGGACGACAGCGGCUUUUUUGCAGGCGGUCCAGUGCAGCGGCUGGGCGUGACCAUCGCCAUGGACGACGAGGUUCUGAACGGGACCAACCGCGUCGUGCUCGACGGGGUCACGACCGAGCAGGAGUGCGACAGAAUCCUGCUCUUGGCGACGGCUGCGGCAUCGGCCGGAGACGGUUACCAAGGGCGACGGUCUCCGCACACACCUCACGAGACGUUCGAGGGCCUGACUGUGCUCCGGGCCACAAAGCUGGCUCAGGACGGCCUCCUGAAUGAAACAGAUGCCAGGCUGCUGCACGAGCUGGGCGAGAGAGCGAAAGCCCUGCUGCACUCCUACUUCAGGAGCCCGUCGGGACUCUUUAUCUCCUUCACGCACCUGGUGUGUCGCACUGCUGUCGCAGGAGACCAGCAGGGCAGGUUGGACCUGUCGCACCCUGUUCAUGUUGACAACUGUCUCCUUGAGCCAGAGACCAAGCAGUGCUGGAAGGAGCCUCCAGCCUUCACGCACAGGGAUCUCAGUGCUAUUCUCUACCUGAAUGACAACUUUGACGGCGGAGAGUUGUUUUUCACCAACAGAGAUGCCAAAACCGUUACAGCCCGGGUGAGACCCGGCUGUGGCCGGCUGGUGGGCUUCUCCUCGGGCCCGGUGAACCCCCACGGCGUGACCGCCGUGACGUCCGGCCGCCGCUGCGCCCUGGCGCUGUGGUUCACCAAGGAGCGGCUCUACAGGGACAUGGAGCGCGAGGAGGCGGAGGCGCUGUGGGCCGCCGAUGGAAAGAGUGUGGUGAAGAAGGACGAGGCGGAGGCGGAGGGCGGCGCCGCCGCCGCCAGGAACGCUCGGAGCCAGGCCUCGAAGGAGAGGAGCCGAGGGAGAGGCCGGGUGACGGGGGGCAAGGACGAGCUGUGAGGCCCGGUCCGAGCCCAGAACCUGGAAGUGGACUCGCUUCUCAUCUGCUGCCUCCACGGACACUCCUCGAGUUUCCAAACUACCGUGCUGCCGUUUUCUGUGAAGUUUUGUGUGUAUAUAAGCGGUGCUGUAUUUAUAAUGUAUGUGAUAACGCUUUAUGUUAAACUGGGUGCUUUGUUUUGGUAGUUUUUUUUUUAAUUUGUGCCACUUUUUUGAAGGAAGCGAAUAAAAAAAGCCGUGAGCGAGACUUUUUA